AUGGCACCGGGAUUGCGCGAGCUUCAUCGUAUGGAGCGUUUCUAUACGAACACGUUGGCCAAUGCGAAGCAAUUUAUGACUGAGUAUGACAGUGAGCAGCACAGCGGACAACUAGAGGGAUGGAAACAACGAAUUGAUGGACUUUUCCAGAAAUUCGAAGCAAAUCGUCUAGCUAUCGAACUGUUAGAAGAAGAUCAUGAUGACGAAGAGAUGGGUGAGGAUGAAAAAGGGGUUGAUGAUGACGCAAAGAGCGUCGCCGACGAGAAGCACCGUGUUAUCCAUCAGCGGUUCGAGCUCGAUUACGUUUUGGUUUCCAGUUUCAUUGCUAACGAGAUUCGGAAACUCGCGCUUGCUACCCCUUCUAACACGCCUCCUCAAGUUGCUGGACAAUCGCGCGUCAAGUUACCCGAAGUUAAACUCCCUACGUUUGAUGGCACUAUUUCGGAGUGGAUCACUUUUCGCGAUUCAUUCAAAUCCCUCAUCGAUUCUAACCAACAGCUCACCCCGUUUGACAAGUUCUCGUAUCUUGUAGCCUCUUUAACUAAAGAUGCAAAAAAGGUCGUUGAAUCGAUCGAACUUUCGGCUGCCAACUACCCCGUCGCUUGGCAGCUGUUGGAAAAGAGGUUUGAGAAUAAGAAACUGAUUCUCAAAACUUAUCUCGAUGCCCUUUUCUCUAUCGACCCCAUGAAAAGGGAAGGCUACGAGUCUCUGAUGCGGUUGGUCGACGAUUUUGAGCGGAAUUUGAGCAUGAUCGACAAGAUGGGAGUUCCAACGGGCGGUUGGAGUGUCCUCCUGGCUCACAUGCUCUGCAGUCGUCUCGAUCCGUCUACGCUGAAGCAAUGGGAGUCACACUACCGGUCAACGGACGAUCCAGAGUACAAGGACAUCAUUGCCUUUCUUCAAGGUCAUUUGUCAGUUUUGCAGUCGCUACCACCGUCCAAGUCACAUUCAUCGGAGUCCAACAAACCAGAGCAGCAGCGUCCAUCGAAGUCGAAGGUCAACACCGUUCACGCCGUGACCAGUCCAGCGACCAACUCUUGUCCAUUUUGCUCGAAAUCUUCGCACUCCCCAUUCAAAUGCGAGUUUUUCCAAGUUGUUCGUCUAGCAGUUGCAGAGUCUGCAACCAGAAGCACCAUACUAUGCUCCAAGUGCAAGUCAACUACUCCUCCCGUGUCUCGCUCAAGUCUGGUUCCACCGGAAAAUCCACCCGCCUCGCCGAAUCCGUCUUCCUCGCAAUCGCAGCCAACGUCGUCGUCCUUGUUAGAAAACCAAAAUCCAUCGUCCUCUGGUACCAGUCUCGUGUCCACCACCGUCGUCGACGCCCCAAGAAGCGCUCCUGCCACCGUAUUGCUGCAAACGGCAAUCGUCAAGGUGUUUUCAACGAAUGGCCACAUCCAGUGGGCCAGAGCCUUGUUGGAUCCAGCGUCGCAGUUGAAUCUCAUCACCGAGAGUCUCGUUCAAAAGUUGAAGCUACAUCGCUAUCAGUGUCACCAGGAAAUUGGAGGCGUAGGCAACUCCGCAAUCGUGUCAUCUCAUGCCGCUCUCGUCCAGAUUGGAUCCCACUGCACGGACUUUUCCGUUGAACAACGUUGUCACAUCCUGAAGAAGAUUACCAGAGACCUUCCCAGUAGGUCGCUUAAUGCUUCAGCCUGGACACUACCAUCGAACAUAAUCCUAGCAGAUCCUAAGUUCCAUGAGCCGGGUCCCAUUGAUCUACUACUUGGUAUGGAAUUGUACUACGAUUUGCUACUCGAAGGAUUCACCAAGUUGGGUCCUGAGAAGCCGAUUCUUCAGAACACUGUUUUUGGUUGGGUUGCCUCGGGAAAGAUCGGAGUCAAUCUACCUGAUCGAACACCAAAGGUUUCCCAUGUAUGCAGCAAACAACCACUCGAUGAGUUAAUCUCACGUUUUUGGGAAAUCGAGUCAUGCUGGUCUCCGAGUACGCAGUCUAUCGAGGAAGCUGCUUGUGAAGACCAUUUCGCUGCUCACACUUUUCGAGAUGAAUCGGGUCGGUUUGUGGUGACGCUUCCAAAGCAUCCGUCCAUUCUAGCCCAACUCGGCAGCUCAAAGGAAAUUGCCACCAAAAGAUUUCUCGCUCUCGAACGUCGCCUCGACGACAACCCCAAACUAAAGGAAGCCUACACUGCCUUCAUAGAAGAAUACCACCAGCUGGGUCACAUGAGGGAAGUAGACUGCUCUGGAACUUCUUCGUCUGCAGCACUGUCGUACUACUUACCUCACCACGGAGUCGAAAAAGCUGACAGCACAACCACAAAGCUGCGGGUCGUUUUUGACGCCUCAUGUCGGACCGACAGCGGGGUCUCCUUGAAUCAGGCGCUGAUGGUGGGUGCUGUGGUUCAGGACGACCUCUUCGCCAUACAUCUUCGGUUUCGCAUGCACAGGAUUGCCAUUAUUGCAGACAUCGAAAAGAUGUAUCGUCAGAUACGCAUCCAUCCGUCGGACUAUCCACUACAACGCAUACUGUGGCGUAGUUCGUCAUCUGAACCGUUGCGCACUUUUGAGCUAGUGACGGUGACUUACGGUACAGCAUCUGCUCCUUUUUUGGCAACCAGAUGCCUGAAAGAGCUGUCCAUACAAGGUGCUGACAAUUAUCCACAUGCAUCGCUAGUUUUGGGCAAGGAUUUUUACGUUGACGACACGCUUACCGGAGUCGACAACGAAGAAGACGGAGCAGAACUUAGCAGUCAACUCCAGGAACUACUACAGUCAGCUGGUUUUAGUCUACGAAAGUGGGCGUCCAACUCCCCAGCUGUUCUCUCGAACAUUCCGGCCGAAAAUCGUGACGAACGGUCGGUGUUUGCUUUAGAUUCGCUCUCGUCUCCGAUUAAGACCCUCGGAAUUCAGUGGAAUCCCUCCACCGACACGUACAGCUACGCUGUUCCAGAAUGGUCCAAAGAAGCUGUCAUUACUCGUCGCGUCGUUGCAUCCGACACUGCCAAACUAUUUCUGCCUCUCGGACUGCUAGGUCCCGUCGUUGUACUUGCCAAGAUAUUCAUUCAAUCUCUGUGGCAGACUACCGUGUCCUGGGACGAGCCUUUGACUCUAGAGCAACAGCAAUAUUGGUCCGAGUUUCGUGACAGCUUAGAGGACAUCACAUCGAUUUCCAUUCCUCGAUGGGCAGCAUUUGCUCAUAAUCCUGUUGUGGUAGAGUUGCAUGGGUUCUGCGAUGCUUCAGAGAAGGCAUACGGGGCCUGCCUCUACAUUCGAACGGUGUCAAGUGAUGGCACCAUUUCCGCCAGACUACUCGCCGCCAAAUCGAAGGUGGCGCCUACCGGAAAAUCGAAAAAGCAGACCACGCUCACCCUACCCAGAUUGGAACUUUCAUCAGCGUUACUCCUAGCUCACCUGUACCACAAGGUCACCGAACCGAAAGCGUCGAAUUGA